AUGUCUUUCCUCUUUGGCGGUGCCCCCAAGAUGUCCUCGGCAGAGAAGAUUGCUGCCGCCGAGACAGAAGUUGAGAUGAUCUCCGACAUGUUCAACCGCCUUACCGAAUCCUGCACCAAGAAAUGCAUCCCCGCCGACUACCGCGAAGCCGACCUGAACAAGGGCGAAUCCGUCUGUCUCGACCGCUGCGUGUCCAAGUUCUUCGACGUCAACAUCAAGGUCAGCGAGAAGAUGCAGGGUGAGGCUGCUCAGAAGCAGGGCGGCAUGGGCCUCGGCAUGUAA